AUGAACCUUCAAGAACUUGUCACUUCUCUUGCUCAAAGUCAAACCCAAUUUCAACAAGAAACCAAGAAUACUUUCUCCAACAUUCAAGCACAAAUUGGAGACUUGGCAACCGCUCUCAACAAGAUAGAACAAAAGGAAAGUCAACCUAAAAGAGUUUCAAGAGAAGACGAAGAUGAAGUGAUCAUCGUGGAACCUCCAAAAGUUGUGGUUCCUCCAAAAGAACUGGUUGUGCCAAAUGUUGAUCAACCCGACCCUUCCAACAAAUCCAUCAAACCAUUGGUCAUACCACCACCUUUUCCAUCCCGUUUGGCUUCCUCAAAGAAACAAGAAGAAGAGAAAGCAUUUCUUGAGACUUUCCGCAAGAGAAAAUUCAAGACAAAUGAGAAGAUUCAAGUAAAUGCAAAUGUAUCUGUGGUUAUCCAAAAGAAGCUUCCACCCAAAUGCAAAGACUCGGGAAUGUUUGCUAUACCUUGUACCAUUGGUGAUUUACAUGUUGAAAGUGCCAUGCUAGAUCUUGGAGCCUCAAUCAAUGUCAUGCCAUACUCGGUUUUUCAAUCUCUCAAUGUUGGACCUUUGGAAGAAACCGGAGUCAUUAUUCAAUUAGCGGACAAGUCAAGUGUAUUUCCAAGAAGCAUGUUGGAGGAUGUACUCGUUCAAGUUAAUCAACUAGUAUUUCCCGCGGAUUUCUAUGUCACUGACCUUGAAGAAAAGACUCCUUCCAAGUCAUCUAUGAUUCUCCUUGGAAGACCCUUCAUGAAUACCGCUCACACGAUUAUUGAUGUCCACAAUGGGAAGAUCACCAUGGAGUUUGAUGGAGAGACCAUUCACUUCAACAUCUUCGAAGCAAUGAGAUAUCCUAGCAAUAUAUCUCCAUUGUAUCGAGUUGAUGUGAUUGAGCCAAUCACCCAACAAUUAUUCGAGUUAUCAAAUGGGGAUCUUUUGAAGAUGGUGCUUAACAUGAGUCUCGAAGGUGAAAGUUUGAAGAAUACCUUGGAUAUGUAUACAUUGGAUUCCGAAGUCGAAAAUAUUGUGAAGGCUUUAGAAAUUACUAAUUCCACAGAGAGGGAUGUUUCUCAAGUUGCCUUAUCUCAUUCUCCAAUCAAGAUGCCACCUUCCAUAAUCCAACCACCCACACUUGAAUCGAAAGCUUUACCUAGCCAUUUAAAUAUGCUUAUCUAG